AUGUUGCGUCUUCAGUGCCCAGUGCAGAACUAUGCUUGGGGAAGGAAGCCAGAUGGUGGUGGAGGCAAGAGAGGGAGCGAGGUUGCCGCCCUUGCAGCCGGAGCGGGUAUCGAAGUUGAUCCCGAGAAACCUUACGCGGAACUCUGGAUGGGGACGCACCCCAGUGGUCCGGCAACUGUCCUUGGCGUUGAGAACACCACGCUCAGCCACUGGCUCAGCACACAUCCGUCUGCUCUGGGUGACGCCCAACAGUACUUCGGAGAUGACAUCCCUUUUCUUUUCAAGGUGCUGUCAGUGGGGACUGCUCUAUCCAUCCAGUCCCACCCGGACAAGGCCCUCGCACAGAAGCUGCAUGCCAAGCGCCCUGACGUGUACAAGGACGACAACCACAAGCCGGAGAUGGCCAUUGCGCUGACAGACUUUGAGGCCCUGUGCGGCUUUGUGGAGCACGACGAACUGGUGGAGGCCCUGAGGAGUGUCCCGGAGCUGAAAUCUGUCGUCGGAGAGGCAGCGGCUGCGGCGGUGGAGGCAAGCCCCUCCAAGGCAGCGCUCAAGGCUGCUUUCAGCGCGCUGAUGACCGCAGAUGCAUCCACGGUGGCAACGGCGAUCCAGGUAAUGACUAAGCGGCUGCUGAGCGAGAGGCGGGUGCUGACGGAGAAGGAGAAGCUGGUGCUGCGCCUGAACGAGCAGUACCCUUUGGACGUCGGCGUUCUCUCCGCCUUCUUCUUCAACCUCGUCACCCUCAAGCCUGGCCAGGCGGUCUACCUGGCGGCGAAUGUGCCGCACGCAUAUGUGUCUGGUGAGCUGGUGGAGUGCAUGGCCACCUCCGACAAUGUCAUCCGCGCCGGCCUCACCCCCAAGCUCAGGGACACGUCAGUGCUGUGCGAGUCGCUGACGUACAGCCAGGGCCCCCCGGAGAUCUUGGAGGGAACACCAUCCACCAGCCGCACCUGGACUGUCACCUACAGCCCGCCUUUCGACGAGUUUGAGGUCCUCAGAAUCAGGAUCCCAGGCACCACCAGGCCCCUUGGCCUCCAGGAGGCUAUUCCUGCCAGCCCAGGUCCGCAGAUACUGCUUGUGCGGGAAGGGCAAGGGAGAGCCUUCACCCGGAACCCCCCGCGCGCUGACGCGGACCCCAAGGUUGAGCUGCAGGAGGUUGAGCUUCGCAAGGGAGGUGUGGUGUUCAUCCCUGCCAACACGCCCUUCAUGGUAGAGGCCCUAAACGUCGGUGUGGAGGCAUGGUUGGCUACCGUCAAUGAGCGGGUGUACAAGCAAGGAGCACGCACAAAGGCGGCUGCCGUGGAGAGGGAGGGCCAGCUGUCGUGGGUGUUCUGGUUUGCACUGGGCCUGCUGUUGGUGCUGCUGUGGGCCAUGGCCACCAACAACCUGCCGGCCCUGCAGCGCGAGCUCAACAAGUGGGCCAGCUUCGGCGCGCCCGACGCGGCCCAUGUGCGGCCGACGUGAGCCAUGUGCCGGCAUGUGACAGCAUGCCGC